AAAACGACUGGCGAUGGACGAGGAACCGACUGGAUAUGGCAAGAAGCUAGAUUCUGCGGCUUUUCAGGAGUUCAUGAAAUCACACUUCCGAGAACAAGUAGUAGAGGACCAGAAAGCGAGUCUAGAGCUAGCUGGAUCACACUUCCAAGAACAAGUAGUAGAGGACCAGAAAGCGACUCUAGAGCUAGCUGGAUCACACUUCCAAGAACAAGUAGUAGAGGACCAGAAACAAGCGACUCUAGAUCUAGCUGAUUUGAAAAGGAGAUCCUAGUACUACUGAGUUGGACAUCAUUCCAGACAGCGACGAUCUACUCUAGAAGGAGUUGCAGUAGCACGACAAGUAGUAUCGUCCAAAACGCCAGUCAGAUCUCUCCUUUUCGACGCUGAAAAGGUCAAAACACAGGAGAGUGCGGAGGAGGCUUGUGGCAUCCGCACCAAGAUAAGCCUGUCGGGAUGGGCGGCAAGGUGUUGCAGUUGCUGGCAGUUGAGGCUGUGCAUGAGUAUUUCCUGCAUUACAUGGAAAAUCUCGACUAUCAGCUUCCAGCUCAAAAGCAGCUUCGAACAAUUUCGGAAAUUGUUGACGUUGAAUGCAGUAGCCCUCUCUACUAACGCGAAUGGGCGCAAGCUUUCUAACGAAAAAACUUUCCGCGGCUGGUCCUACGACAAUGACAUCGUAGAGGGGAGUUCAAUUCCACCUGCAAUCUUGGUGAAUCUCAGACAAGGACAAGUCGCGUCAGCCUCCAAAACUUCGAAAUGUGUACGUUUGAAAGAAGCAUCUCCGACUUCUAGAAGUUCUAGAGAUGACUACUAG